GCGGGAAAAAUGAGAGCAAACGUUGCGCUGACCAAUCACUACACCAUGUGGUCACGACAUCUGCCAAGAGUUCACGAUGUACGGUGUGGAGUCGUCUUCACUGCGUUUGUUAUUGCCUAACGCCAAGCACAACAUCACACAUUCGCUAACAUUCACAACGACCUUGACAUUGCCUCUUUUGCACCGUCAGUAUCUCCCAAACCGCCAGCAUGGAGCGCCGGUCGACUCUGCCUUCGGGUAUCGGUAUGGCACUACAACAGCAUGGCGACAAUACUGAGGCCAGCAACACCGUCGAAGCUGGAGAAGAGAAGCGUCUACCACCACGAGGUGGCCAUGACCGGUCGAUGUCCGAAGCGCGCAUGUUUGCGCAGCCGGAUCUUGGAGAUGAUAGCACAGCUGAGAAGACCCUAGCAAUCGACGUCAACGGCACUGAAGUCUCCAACAGCCCUACAGCUAGUCCAACCAAAACCAGUCUUUUCAAUGACUUCUGCAGAGGUCAGCCGCCCAAGCGGUCUUUCCUUGGUCCUGAUGGUCGGACACCUCCGCGUCUCCGCAUGUCCAGGCGUUCCACACUCGCGGACAAGCCAGAACUGGACACCCUGCUCAAAGCUGUCAUGAUCCAGUACAAGGAUGGAGAGUUUCUCCCACUCGAUACCAACACCGUGCAUCGCCUUACUCAGUACCUCAACGGGUCAAAGCCGCUGGCCCACACCUGCCGAUUCAAGAGGCUGCUGAUCAACAGCGAGACUAACAAGGUGCGUGCGGGUCUUUUCGUGGCCGCCCUCGAGAACAUUGGGGUGUACUGCGAGCACCUGGUCAUCGUCGCGCCAUUCCACACCAUCGAGUUUAGCAAUGUGUUUGACCGUGAGACCGGCAAUGCCGAACCCGGAAGUGACUGGGAGAAGAUCUUGGAGUGCUUCCCUAAUCUUCGCACUCUCACUUUCGAGCACCCGGUCAAGGAACCAACGAACCUUACGCGAGACACUUUCUACUCUCUGAAUCGUGCUCUUGCCAACAACACAACCCUCCAGAGGUUCGUGGACGUCCAAUUUGAUGUUCCACCCAAACUCAUGUUCGACUACCAUCACGACUACCACAGCCGUCAACGACAAAGCAGCUCUCCUCACUCCUUUAGUGUCAUCUCAACACCGCUUACCAUGGUCGGUUCUGAUAUGGUGUACGCAGACGGCGCGGAGGACUUUGGUUCGUUGGAUGCUGAGCCUGUCUUUGGCAAAGCGGAUGACAUUGAUACGGUCGACGAUUAGGAGGCCGCUGUCUUGGAGCAUGGAGAGGGAAGGCGACUUUACAUUGGGUGAUUCAAGAAAUCUUCCACGGCGUUAUGGCAAAUACCCAGGGAUGCAAGGAGCAGCGAUAAU